AUGCGGCCCGCCGGCUCGUGGCUCCACGUGGUGCCCCUGCUAUCAGCAAUAACCACAAUUUCGCAAGCUGUCGAGCUCCCGCUGCCCGUGAAGCUUGUUCAUCAGUUUCCCGCCCCGGCCUAUCUCAACAGCAUUUAUGUGCGACCGAACGGAGAUAUCUAUGUGACAACUGUGUGGCCAGAUGCGUCAAUAUACAGUGUAUCGGGCGCAAAUACAGACACACCUAAGGCGUCUCUCGUCCACACCUUCGACGAGAUCAAUGUCGCAACAUCAAUUACGGAGACUGAGCCUGGCGUACUAGCCUUUCUCGGAGGCAACCAGAGCAGCAUCGGGGUGGGAAUAUUCGGCACAUUCGGUGUCUGGGAAAUCGACCUGCGUCCACAGGCCAAGGGGGGCAAGCCGACCAUACGAUAUGCUGUGCCAAUUCCAGACGGUGGUCUGAUGACUGGCAUCCAAGCGCUUCCCGAAUCACCAUCCACCGUGCUAGUGAGCGAUUCAUUGCUGGGCUUAGUGUACAAAGUCGACACGCUCACAGGCAAAUACGAGGUCGCCAUCAGAGACGAAGACUCAAUGGGCCAUCCUUCGUGGACUGUAACACCGUUCGGAAUCAACAAUCUUCGAAUCCAUAAUGGGUAUUUGUACUGGACAAACAGCUACCUGGCAUCUGUGUACCGCGUCGCGAUCACCAAGGAUGGCUAUGCUGCCCCCGGUGCGAAGAUCGAGUUGGUCAAGAGACUGCAGACGAUUUAUUUGGACUCGAUUUGUCUCGGUCCCGGUGACGGCGAUACAAUCUGGGGUGCGACUAAUGCGGACAAUCGACUUGUUGCAAUCACCGCAGAUGGAAACGCGACAUUUGUUGCCGGAUCACCGACGGAGAUGACGAUCGCUGGAUCUGUAGCGCCAGGAUUUGGCACGCUUCCGGGAGACACCGAGACUUUGUAUGUUGCGACUGGGGGUUCUCUGCUCUUCCCCGUCAAUGGAACGAUAACGGAGGGUGGGAAGAUCGUUGCUGUGAAUACCACUGGCUUCGGUGUGGAUGAGAGCAAGCCCCAAGAGAAGACGCAACCCUCCAUCACAUUUAGCCCCCAAACCACUUCUUGGAUGGAAUACCUCUUUCAAUUUCCUUUGAAGCACCUGUCACUCUUUCGAAGUUGA